AUGUCCUCCCGAUUAUCUCUUCCACCGCUCCCAAAGACGCAGGCGUUGACCAGCUCAACGUUCAAGAUACCGCCCCUCGACGGGUCAUUGAGCGUACCAGAGCUCUAUGAUUGGCAUUACUGCCAUAAGACAGAGCAUCCUGUCUUUGUUUUCCCUGGAGAAAAUGACCAGCAGACGAUAAUAAAAUGGCCUGAGCUCGUCAGAGCGAUUCACACCGGCGCCCGUCUCCUUCGCGGUCUCAUGAAAGCCGCUGGGAAUCCCUCGGUCGUAGCAAUCUUCACAACUUCCGAGACAUUCACAUACUUCACUUUGAUUGCAGCUACUUUCCGUGCCGGAUUUGUGCCUUUUCUGAUCUCCCAUCGAAACUCAGCAGAGGCACUUGCAUUCCUUUUCGCUGAAACGCACGUAGACCAUGUACUUGUUGAUCGAGGCACUGAACUACAGGAGGUGUUGGGAUGCGCCCUACGACUUAUGCAACAAACAUACCCAAGGGCGAAGAUACCUCCGUACUCUGAAGUCCCACUCUUUGAAGAAUUGUUUAGGAAUGAGGACUCUUUCCGAUUGCUUCCACCCUACCGUCCUGAGAUGGACACUCUCGCUAUGAUUCUUCAUUCCUCCGGUAGCACCGCGUAUCCGAAGGCCAUCCGCUGGACCCAUAUGCAAAUGCUCCAGCUAGGCUUUGUGCCCUUUUUUGGAGAACGAGAUCUCACAGGAUCUAGACUGUCCUGUCACGCUAUGCCAAUGUCCCAUGGCACCGGAAUGAUGCAAACGGUGUGGACGGCAAGUAUGGGGAUAGUAAUCACCGCGGCAGCACCCAAGUCGCCGGGAAUACCGCCCACGCCUAACAACGUCAUUGCCAGCGCGCAGGCUACAUCCACAGAUAUUAUAUUCUGUGUCCCGAUGUAUAUAGAAACCUGGUCGCACGACCCCCGGACGGUGGACUUUCUCUCAAACAUCGAUGGUCUUCUGUUCUGCGGUGCUCUCCUUAACAAGGACAUAGGUGAUACGAUGACACAGAAGGGUGUCAGCAUCUUCAAUCUAUAUGGAUGCGCGGAAGCUGGCAUAAUUAGUCCGAUAAUACCUCGGCAUAGCGGUCUCGAUUGGGAAUAUUUCACCGUGUCCAACCAAAUGGAAUGGAGACUGAUUCCUAAUGGCCUGGGACAAAGCCGCCUGGCUAUAAUGCCAACCCCGUACCAUACUCCCCUUGUCGUCAAUGGUAAAGUUGAUGGGAAAGACGCCACAUUCACCGACGACCUCUUCAUUGCUCACCCAACGAAACGUGGGUAUUUUAAGCUGUUCGGUCGUGUUGAUGAUCAGAUUGAACACGCUACCGGCGAAAUAACGAAUCCUGUCCCGAUAGAGAAUCUACUGAACCAAGAUCCCCACAUUAGAGCUUCAGUUAUAUUUGGCCGCGGCCAAUUCAAUCUUGGGGUAACGGUUGAUCCUACCCAAAGCUUUGACCCCCAUGACAAGAAGCAACUGGCAGAAUUUCGGGACGCGAUAUGGCCAACUAUAGAGCGAGUCAAUAAGAUCGCCCCACGCCAUUCCCACUUAUUGAAAGAGAUGAUCCUAGUCGCGCUACCGACCAAACCGCUUGAAUACACAGCCAAGAACACAGCACGUAGACAAAGAAUAAUUGCCCAUUACAAAGCAGAGAUCGAUGCUCUCUACCAGGAGGCCAAUCGCUCUAGCCUGACGGAUCUGAGUCUGGAUUUUCCUCAAAAAUGGGACUUGAACUCAGCCCGCUGUUUUGUUGGGACGGUGGUCAAGACUGCUUUAGGAUUAGGCACCUUGAGAGACGACGAUGACUUUCGGCACAAUUGCGACAGCCGCCAGAGCACCUUGGUAACCAAUACCAUCGUGAGGGCUCUACGCGAUACAACUAGGGCCAACACCAACGACAUAGCAGAUACCCUCCUUGAUCAUCAUACGUCGAUCAACAAACUCGCCACAUUCUGUGUCAAAUUCGCUGCCAAAGCAUCCUAUUUGGCAGAAUCUGUAGGUGACUACCAGAUCAUCGUGGACAACAUGGAAGAAAUGCUCGAACGAUUCGGCAGUAACUUCACUGAGCGAUCUGGUUGCUUCACGCACAAGGGGAUCCGGAGCAAUGAUGAUGAUGAUGUAUUCUUAGUAACUGGAACGACGGGAUUCCUCGGCGCAACUUUACUCGGCCAUCUUCUCCAAUCCAAAAACACCCGGAGGGUUUACGCAGUUAACCGUGGCGACAAUGACGGCGUAUCGCUGGCUAGCAGACAAGAGACGGCCUUCAGAAAUCUGGGCUUAUCAGUUGAUCUCAUUACUCGGGACAACAAAUUAGUGCUAGUGGAGGCAAGCAUAUCUGAUGAACGCGCCGGGUUGACUUCUGCUUUGAUCGAAGAGAUUCGGUCAUCGGUGACACACAUGUUGCUAAAUGCUUGGCCUACGGACCCCGACACACCAUUACAAGCUUUCGAGCCAACAUUCAAAUCUAUUCGCACGUUGAUUGAUAUCGCCCUGUCGUCUUACCGACCCAAGCUGCCAACGGUGAUGUUUGUCAGUAGUAUGGAGGUGAUAUCUAGUAGCCAGAGGGGGACGACAGCCCUUGAACUUGCCGUAAAUGCCGACGCAUCUACCAAGACGGGACAUACUCAAGCCAAAUGGGUUGCUGAAUCCAUUUGCUUGAAUGCCACACGAACCACAUCUCUUCGAACACGCAUCGUGCGGCCAGGUCGACUAUGUGGUAGCACCAAUGGUUACUGGCGGAAUCCUGGUUGGAUCCAAGGAAUCGUCGAGACCUCGAAGAUCACAGGGUUUCUCCCUGAUAUUGGGGGCGAUAAGGAGCUAAGUUGGGUCCCAGUGGAGGAUGCGUCUCGGGUCAUCUUGGAGCUCUUGGAGGGUGACCAGGACGGAAUAUUCCACCUGGUACAUCCCAAGCCAGUAGCAGCGUCUCUGGUGCUCGGGUGGAUCGCAUCAGCGCUGGACAUCCCCGUCGUCCCUCCACAGGAGUGGCUAUCUCAUUUAAAGCAUAUCCAUACAGGCUCGGAUAUGUCGAUCAAUCCCGAGUCUCUGGACGAGGUACAGUGGGGUCCUCAACAAGUGAAUAUCUCGCAAUGCUCGAGGUCGUCGGCAACGAUGAGCCGUGCGUCUAUUCGACAGAUCAGUGAAGAAGAGGUUCUUCGCUGGAUUGGGAGAUGGGCUAAGUAG